AUGAUGCUUCACAGCCAGAGUUGCAGUUCCAUGGAAUUAGGGCAAGAAAGUUUCCAGAGCUCAAUGCACAACCACACCUGCUCACCAAGUAAGCUUCGAAAUCCCCAAUGUCCUUUCAGAACUAGGGCCUUUCUAGAAUUUAACUUUACUCACCACAAUCACGGCUUAGCAAGAAGGCAACUGUACCCUGUUCCUUAUGCCUUGUCCACUCCUCAAAAUAUUAACCAUGUUGUGACUUCACGAGCUCAGAAGCAGAAUUCGAGAGGUCCUAGGGCUUUUGUAGGGUUUAAGCUUCAGUGUGAUUCGGAAACAUUGGUUUUGCCCACAAAAGGUUCUUCAAUUAAUGGUAAGAAGAAGGCGUAUGGUGGCGUAUUGCCUUCGAUUUUGCGGUCUUUACAGUCCGAAAACGAUGUUGAAAAGACCCUUAAUUCGUGUGGCGAAAAUUUGAAUCCAAAAGAACAGACUGUGAUUCUCAAAGAACAGAAAAGGUGGGAAAGAGUUGUGCGUGUUUUCGAUUGGUUCAAGUCACAAAAGGAGUAUGUACCCAAUGUAAUACACUAUAAUGUGGUUCUUCGAAAGCUGGGUAGGGCUCAGAAAUGGGAUGAAUUAAGGCUUUGUUGGAUUGAAAUGGCGAAAAAAGGUGUCCUACCGACGAACAAUACAUAUGCAAUGCUCGUUGAUGUGUAUGGGAAAGCAGGCCUUGUGAAAGAAGCGCUUUUGUGGAUCAAGCACAUGAAACUAAGGGGAAUGUUCCCGGAUGAUGUUACAAUGAAUACGGUUGUUAAGGCCUUGAAGGAUGCAGGGGAGUUUGAUAGGGCAGAUAAGUUUUAUAAGGAUUGGUGCAAUGGCAAGAUUGAGCUCAAUGAACUUGAUUUAGAUUCUAUGGGUGAUUCUGCGAAUGAUUCUGGCUUAGAGCCUAUUAGUUUUAAGCAUUUCUUGUCCACUGAGCUUUUCAAGACAGGUGGGAGAAUUCCCACUUCAAAGAUGAAGGCCUCAUCGGAUACAGAGAACCCUAUCCGAAAACCACGGCAAACAUCGACAUAUAAUGCUUUGAUUGAUUUGUAUGGGAAGGCAGGACGUCUUGAUGAUGCAGCUAAUGUGUUUGGAGAAAUGAUGAAAUCUGGUGUGGCAAUGGAUGCUAUUACAUUCAAUACUAUGAUCUUUACUUGUGGAAGUCAUGGGCAUUUGUCAGAAGCGGAAGCUUUGCUUAGUAAGAUGGAAGAAAGGGGAAUAUCUCCUGAUACAAGAACUUAUAACAUUCUUCUGUCUCUGUAUGCUGAUGCAGGGAACAUUGAUGCUGCUCUGAACUGUUAUAGGAAAAUCAGAGAGGUGGGUCUUUCCCCAGAUAUUGUAUCUCACAGGACAGUUCUUCAUGUAUUAUGUGAGAGAAACAUGGUCCAAGAUGUGGAAACUGUGAUUCGGAGUAUGGAGAAAUCUGGUGUGCGAAUUGAUGAGCAUUCUGUUCCUGGUGUCAUCAAGAUGUAUAUUAUGAGGGACAGCUUGAUCAGGCGAAGUUUUUUUUAG